AAAAAGGAGAAAAUCCCAAAAGGCCUCAACUGAAAAACUGACCCCUUUUUCACUUCACACACAGCCCCCAGUGUCUACUAAAUUUAUUCUCUCAAAGCAUACACAGUGGCAUACCCACCCCACCCCACCCCUCCAUUCCAUAAACUCCAUAGAUUACAAAGAUUUCAUGAUUUGCAAUAAAUGCUGUCAAAAAAUCAGUAGCUGUUUUCAUCUGCCCUGUUUUUGCCACACCCAUUCCAGUUUUGCUUCACAAAGAAAUGACUGGUUAAAGUUACUUCAUUGAUUAUGGGAUGUGUUCUUGGAAAGAUUGGUGUUGUAAAAUCAGGCCCCCGGAGGAGAAGGAGAAAGAAUUCUAACAAUCGGAAUGCUUCUGAUGGUGAUGAGGUUAAGAUCACUCAACCUCCACCGCCAGCAGCAGUAGAAACAGAAAGAGGAAAUGAUAGAGAGUCGGUGUCUGAGUAUUACAGUUUCAGAACAUUGGGGAAUUCAUUUGCAACGAAUCAACAAGGGUGGCCGUCAUGGCUUGUUGCUGUUGCUGGAGAUGCUAUAAAAGACUGGACUCCUCGAAGAGCGAAUACUUUCAAGAAACUCGAUAAGAUUGGGCAAGGAACAUAUAGCAAUGUAUAUAAAGCAAAGGACUUGAUCACAGGGAGGAUUGUUGCGUUGAAGAAAGUUAGGUUUGAUACAUUGGAGCCGGAGAGUGUGAAGUUCAUGGCAAGAGAAAUACUUGUGUUGAAAAAACUGAACCAUCCCAAUGUCAUUAAAAUUGAGGGUUUGGUAACUUCCAGAAUGUCUACUAGUUUGUACCUAGCUUUCGAGUACAUGGAGCAUGAUCUGGCUGGCCUAGCUGCUGUUCAGAAGAUCAAAUUCACAGAAGCACAGAUAAAGUGCUACAUGAAACAGUUACUCUCUGGUCUCGAGCACUGUCACAAUAAUGGAGUCCUCCACCGUGAUAUAAAAGGUUCCAAUUUGCUGAUUGAUAACGAAGGAAUUCUGAAAAUAGCUGAUUUUGGAUUAGCUGCAUUUUAUGAUCCCGAACACAAGCAACCUAUGACUAGUCGUGUUGUGACUCUCUGGUACCGUGCACCUGAACUUCUGCUUGGAGCUACUCAUUAUGGUAUUGGUGUUGACCUGUGGAGUGCCGGUUGCAUUUUGGCUGAGUUACUUGCGGGGAAGCCAAUAAUGCCAGGGAGAACGGAGGUCGAGCAACUCCAUAAAAUAUUUAAGUUGUGUGGCUCUCCAUCCGACGAAUAUUGGAAGAAAUUCAAGUUACCAAAUGCUACUCUUUUUAAGCCACAACAACCUUAUAAACGCUGCAUUGCUGAUACAUUCAAGGAUUUUCCACCCUCUUCUCUUCCUCUGAUUGAAAUGCUUCUUGCUAUUGAUCCCGAUGAAAGAGGCACGGUGACUGCAGCUUUGAACAGUGAAUUCUUUACAACUGAACCAUAUCCUUGCGAGCCUUCAAGCUUGCCGAAGUAUCCUCCUAGCAAGGAAAUGGAUGUAAAACUGAGAGAUGAAGCUGCCAGGAGGCAAAGUGGUUUGCACGGAAAAGCUCACGCUGGUGAUGGCACCAGGAAAGUGAGACUUCGUGAGAGAGUUAGUCGUGCAAUUCCAGCUCCAGAGGCAAAUGCAGAGCUCCAACCGAACUUAGAUAGGUGGAGGAUGAUGACACAGAUUAAUGCCAAGAGCAAGAGUGAAAAAUUUCCUCCACCACAUCAAGAUGGAGCAGUUGGAUACCCUCUUGAUGCAUCGCAUAACGGCCCUGCAUCAUUCAAUGUAGCUGAUGCUUCUUUAAGUUCAAGUUUCGCUCCAAAGUCACGAUCUUUGAGAAGCACCACAACAACAGCUGGGACAUCGAGGCAGAGGAGAAACAAGAAAGAAGAGCCUCAUAUGGCUCCAUCUCGUAAACUUAUCCAUGCAUUCCUUCCAUCUUCUGUUAGACUAUCUAUAGAUCUGAGACUGAGGGGUAGAGCUUCUGUUUCAGAGACAUUUAGUCACCAUAGAUAAAAAUUUCCCAAAGCAAUAGACAUUUUGGCUGCUGCCUUCGAGGUUCCCUCCCUUUUGCUUGAUAUUGUCAUUGUUAAGUUUUGUAACUUUAUUCAACAGUUUUGUGUAUCAUAUGGAUUUUGGGGUUAUAAUUUACACCUGACAUCCAUUGUACAGUGCAAGUCAUAGUCUCAUUGAAGCCUUUAGGUAAUUAUUUGGUUGUCAUUUCUUUCA